GGGAGGGGGCGCGCAGGGAGGGCGGACAGCAGCCGCGGCCUGCGCCUGCGCACUGGGGUUGUUUUUCACAAAGCUGCUCUUAAAGUGAGCUGGCAGCCUUUAGCCGCCCGUCUUUGUAAGGAGACCACUGAGACGAGCGGGAGCGCGGAGCAGCAGCCUCUGCUGCCCUGACUUUUUAAGAAAUCUCAAUGAACUAUUUGUAGAGAAUCACUGAUCCGGCCUGCAAGCAUUUUGCACGGCAAAAAUAUCGAUCAGUGUUAAGUGAAGAUCACAUUUUAUAUGCGAUCUUGACUUUUUUGUCUUACAUUAUAUUUUUAUAGAUUUUGUUAUAAACAUGGUGCUGGGAAAGGUGAAGAGUUUGACAAUAAGCUUUGACUGUCUUAAUGACAGCAAUGUCCCUGUGUAUUCUAGUGGGGAUACCGUCUCAGGAAGGGUAAAUUUAGAAGUUACUGGGGAAAUCAGAGUAAAAUCUCUUAAAAUUCAUGCAAGAGGACAUGCGAAAGUACGCUGGACUGAAUCUAGAAACGCCGGCUCCAAUACUGCCUAUACACAGAAUUACACUGAAGAAGUAGAGUAUUUCAACCAUAAAGACAUCUUAAUUGGGCACGAAAGAGAUGAUGAUAAUUCCGAAGAAGGCUUCCACACUAUUCAUUCAGGAAGGCAUGAAUAUGCAUUCAGCUUCGAGCUUCCACAGACACCACUCGCUACCUCAUUCGAAGGCCGACAUGGCAGUGUGCGCUAUUGGGUGAAAGCCGAAUUGCACAGGCCUUGGCUACUACCAGUAAAAUUAAAGAAGGAAUUUACAGUCUUUGAGCAUAUAGAUAUCAACACUCCUUCAUUACUGUCACCCCAAGCAGGCACAAAAGAAAAGACACUCUGUUGCUGGUUCUGUACCUCAGGCCCAAUAUCCUUAAGUGCCAAAAUUGAAAGGAAGGGCUAUACCCCAGGUGAAUCAAUUCAGAUAUUUGCUGAGAUUGAGAACUGCUCUUCCCGAAUGGUGGUGCCAAAGGCAGCCAUUUACCAAACACAGGCCUUCUAUGCCAAAGGGAAAAUGAAGGAAGUAAAACAGCUUGUGGCUAACUUGCGUGGGGAAUCCUUAUCAUCUGGAAAGACAGAGACGUGGAAUGGCAAGUUGCUGAAAAUUCCACCAGUUUCUCCCUCUAUCCUCGACUGUAGUAUAAUCCGCGUGGAAUAUUCACUAAUGGUAUAUGUGGAUAUUCCUGGAGCUAUGGAUUUAUUUCUUAAUUUGCCACUUGUCAUCGGUACCAUUCCUCUACAUCCAUUUGGUAGCAGAACCUCAAGUGUAAGCAGUCAGUGUAGCAUGAAUAUGAACUGGCUCAGUUUAUCACUUCCUGAAAGACCUGAAGCACCACCCAGCUAUGCAGAAGUGGUAACAGAGGAACAAAGGCGGAACAAUCUUGUACCAGUGAGUGCUUGUGAUGACUUUGAGAGAGCCCUUCAAGGACCACUGUUUGCAUAUAUCCAGGAGUUUCGAUUCUUGCCUCCACCUCUUUAUUCAGAGAUUGAUCCAAAUCCUGAUCAGUCAGCAGAUGAUAGACCAUCCUGCCCCUCUCGUUGAAGGAACACUUGGUUGAAUCAAGUUGAUGUGGGUUCCGAACUGUAUCUCUUCCGGCUGAGGACAGAGAAGUAUCUUGGAGACACGUUUCAGAGGAAGUGGAAUUGCUUUUGCCCAGAAAAAUGGCAAAUGCAUGAAACAACCAGUGAUCAUGCUUUAGAAGCCUACAGCAACAUUCUGGGACUGCUCCAACAUGCUUGAAGAUCUAAGCUUUUCUCUUUUAAAACUGGCACAUACUCAGAGCAGUCUUCUUAGCCUAUGGUCGUACGUGUCAAGACAUCACGUUGUAAAGAGGGAUGAUUUCCUUCUUUUGAUUUGAAAAUUUGCACAUGCUCAAUGCUUACAUUGUGCGGUUCGAUGUCACUACAGCUUCUUUUUUUUUUUUUUUUUUUUUCUAUUUUUGCCAGACUCUUGAUACUCUUAAAACUUGUUUGUGGUCAGCACAACAAGGAACAAAACAAAGCUUUGAAAAAACUUUAACAUGAAAAAACGCACUGACAUUUUUUUUUUAUUUAAUAUAGCCUGGACUUUACCUGCGUAUGCACAUGCUCAGAAUUGUCUACUAGGCUGACCAUGUAUCACCUCUUCAGCUUGGAUCCAAUUGUGGAUUUAUUUACAAACAUCAAAUGCCUUCAAGCCAAUCCUUUUUGCUGUAUGUUUUGCAGCCUACUGUAGUAGAUACGCAACAGAUAAUGUGGGGAAAAAAGAGAUAAGAGGAGGAAGCUAAUAAGAGACUGUCAAGAUUGUAUACCUUCUUGGUUUCUUUUAAGAAUUUGUUGCCUUUCUACUAUUACAGCAAAGCAGCAUUUUGUUACUGACUGCCUAAAAUCACUUAAUCUCAGGUGAACGCAUCACUUGCCAAACUGUUGGAAUGCUAUUUGUGUUUUGUUGCACUGUUUUUUUCGUUUGUUUGUUUGUUUAUUUGGUUGGCUUUUUGGAGAGGGAAAUUUGGAAACGGGACAUACACAAAAGUUACACACCCACAUUCCCUUUUUAUCAUGACAUACAAGAAGAAACUAGCAGAGCUAAGAAUGGAGUGAAGAAAGGCAGUAUGGCAGGCACCAGCAAAGAGUUGAGGGCUGUUGCUCUUAAAAAUUAUUUUUUUUAUUAUUAUUUUAAAAGUAUGGAAGUUUUCCAUUCACUGGGGAAAGGAGGGAAAAGUGCAUUUAUUUUUAUACAGAGUUACUUAAUUACCUCCAAAACACAUAUGUUGGAAAUCGUUUUUGCUGGUGCAAAGUAUAUUAAUGAGCAGGAAUACAUACAUUGAGGUUAUGAAUAGAGAGCUCAAUUUGUACCUUUGCUAUCUUGCUCAAGCUUGGUAUGGCAUGAAAACUCGACUUUAUUCCAAAAGUAACUUCAAAAUUUAAAAUACUAGAACGUUUGCUGUGAUAAAUCUUUUGGAUUUUUGUGUUUUUCUAAUGAGAAUACUGUUUUUCAUUACCUAAAGAACAAUUUGCUAAACAUGAGAAAUCACUCACUUUGAUUAUGUAUAGAUUACAUAGGAAGAACAAUCACAUCAGUAAGUUAUAGUUUAUAUUAAAGGUAAUUUUCUGUUGGCUCAUAACAAAUAUACCAGCAUUCAUGAUAGCAUUUCAGCAUUUUCCAAGGUACCAAGUGUACUUAUUUUGUUGUUGUUGUUGUUGUUGUAUUUUAGAAGGAAUUCAGCUCUGAUGUUUUUAAAGAAAACCAGCAUCUCUGAUGUUACAACAUACGUGUAAAAUGGGUGUUACAUCUAUCCUGCCAUUUAACCCCACAGUUAAUAAAGUGGCUGAAAAUAAUAGUAGCUCUGGCUUGGUGCUUGACCUGGUUAAAUACUGUCUUAAAGCUCAUACAAAACAAAUAGGCUUUUCCAUAAGUGGCCUUUAAGAAAACAUGGAAGACAAUUCAUGUUUGACAAAUGCUGACAGGGUGAAGAAAGCCCAGUGUAAAAAUGAAUCGCGUUUUAAGUGAUUCGGUUAAAGGGUUUGGGCUCCCGUAGCAAACUAAUACUAGAUAAUAAGGAAAUGGGGGUGAAAUAUUUUUUUAUUGUUGAAUCAUUUUGUGAAUGUCCCCCUCAAAAAAAGCUAAUGGAAUAUUUGGCAUAAAGGGCAUUUGGUGGUUUUAUUUUUGUUUGAGGGGGAUUGUCAGAAAAUCCCUUUUCUCUCUUACGUCUAACUGACUAGGGAACAAUUGUUGAUAUGCAUAGCAUUGGAAUACUUGUCAUUAUAUACUCUUACAAAUAACACAUGAAGCAAGAAUGACCAAUAUUCUGAUAAUUGGCACUGGAUCACAAAAUGUGAUAAAACUUUAUCAAAUAAAGUUUUAUUUUCCCCUUUAAAAUGUAUUUCUUUAGAGGCAUUACUUUUUUAAAAAUAUUGGUCAAUUCCUGACAUAAGAUGUGAGGUUCACAGUUGUAUUCCAGUAUUCAAGAUAGAUUCCUGAUUUUUCAAUUAGGAAAAGUAAAAUCCAAAAUGUUAGCAAAACAAAGUGCAAUAUUAAAUGUUUGCUUUAUAGAUUAUAUUCUAUGGCUGUUUGUAAUUUCUCUUUUUUUCCUUUUUUAUUUGGUGCUGAAUAUGUCCUUGUAGGCUCUGUUUUAAGAAAACAAUAUGUGGGAAAUGAUUUAAUUUUUCCUAUUGCUCUUCCUUGUGGAAAAUAAAGUGUUUUGUUUUUUUCUGUUUUGUAUAA